AUGUGUAAACACGUCCUUAACGCGCAAGUGUCUAUUCGAUCCCCUUGCUGCCGCAAGUGGUUCGAUUGUGCCGAAUGCCACCAGGAACAAGAGUCACAUCCAUUGAAGAAGUCCCAAGAGAUGGUCUUCGCGUGUAAAAAAUGCAGGAAGCCCUUCCGUAAGGACGCCGCCGAGUUCGAGGAGAGUGACGAGUACUGUCCACACUGCGAUAACCACUUUGUCCUCGAGGCCGUGACACCGAAAGCAACCCUACAGGUGGAAGGCGACGACGUGCGAAUGGACAAUCGUAUGCUCAAGGAUGACCGUGUUCGCGGCGAUCAAGAAAAGUCCAUCUUCAAUUUCAAAGACCUGUCUGAUCGCAUGGGCUAG